AUAUUGAAGAUGAAAACAAGUCACUUCGAGACCAAAUGCAAGGAAUGGCCGAUCAAUUGGCGUCCAAGGAUGAAUUAUUUAGUCAAUGGCAGGCAAAGUUGGUUGAACAGACACAAAGAGAACGCGAUGUGCUAAUUGAAGAAAUGGAUGAAGAGCGCGCGCAAUUCAAAGAACGGAUCAAUCAACUUGAAGAUGCUUUAAAUAUCGCCAAUGUAGAAAUUACACGAUUAACUAUCGAGAUGACUGAUCUAGCCAAUUCACAAAAAAAGAGACGAAUGUCAACAACUAGUAGUACGACGGAUGAGAAUAGGUCUUCCUUGGAUAUAUUAUUUAAUGGCAAGCUUACACUAUUAGAAGACCAGUAUGAUGAUUUAAAGGUAAAUAGGGUACUAAAUGUCAAAGAUCAUAUACGAAGUUCUUAUGUGG